AUGAAACUUUCAAAAACAUUCCUUCUCAUUGCAUGUGGUGUCGCAUUAAUCUCAGCAUCAUAGAGCAGGCUGCGAAAUUUAAUCAAGUUUUUACCUCAGUCACAACAAGUGACUAAGUCAUGCACCACAGCAAUCGACAGAUCCAAAGCUGCUCUUCCUGAUUACAAGAAAAUAGUAACUUCUUAUGCAAAUUUUUGGAAUGAUACCGGUUUCCCAGCAGAUGGAUCAUCAAUCUAAUGGACUGGAACCAAAUACACAUAGAACGAACUAAGUGCCUACGUUGGUAAUAAAUGGGAAAGACUGAACAAUCUCUGUGCUGAUUGUACACUAUUCGGAUCAGCUGAUUACUUAAACGAUAUAGUCUAGGGUGAUCUAGGUGAUUGCUACUUCUUAGCAGGAAUCUCAGCAGUUUCUGAGAUUAAUACAAGAUUUGAAAAAAUAUUUGUCAAUCCUAAUAUAAACUGGGCUGGUCUCUACGCAUUCAAUGUAUUCAUUAGAGGUAUUCCUCAAGUGAUGCUAGUUGAUGACUCUAUCCCAGCUGGAAAAUACGGCAAGAAAGCAGUUUUUGCAGGAAUAGGAUCUGACAAAUCAAUUUGGGGACCUCUCCUUGAAAAAGCCUGGGCCAAAACUAAUGCUAACUAUGAAAGAAUUGUGGGGGGAAAUGCAGUUGAAACCUUUGGCUUCUUUGCAAACAUUCCUGGUUAACAAAUAACUUUAGCAAAAUUAAGUAAAGAGGCUCUCUGGACCAAAGUUACCUAAGCUGACAGCAAAAACUGGAUUAUGGCUCUCGGUACUCCAUCUUCAAAAAAUGGCGAUUCAGAUACUUGCAAAUUCAACCUAGCAUGCUCUCACUAAUACUCAUUACUCUCAGUAAAACCAUUAUUGACCAGUGAUAGAACACAAAUCAACUUGUUCCAGAUUAGGAAUCCAUGGAGAACGGACAAAGAUUUCUCUGGUUCGUUCAAGGAUGGCUCAGCCAAAUGGCUUACACCAGGUGCAGGUGGGAAAACCUUUGGUCAAUAAGCAGGACUAGUCGUUGCUGAUGAUGGUGUCUUCUAUAUGACAAUAGAUGAAGUUACAUAAGCCUUUGAAGGAAUUGAUAUUGGUGAAUACAACGAUAACUUUGUUACUUCAUGGUAUGACAAAAGAAACGAUUAAGUGGCAAAUGAAAAUACUCCUGCGGUCUAUAAAUUCACCCUUACAGAGGCAACACCAAUGUAUAUUAGAGUUAUGACCUAUCCUUCAAGAAUGUAUCCAAAGACUUGCAUAAAUGAUUAAGCAUUAUUUAAACUUGUACUCUAGGAUGGAUCAGGAAAAGAAGUUUAGACUAUUUAUUACUAUGAAUAUUCCAAUCUAUAUAUGAGCUUAGUUGAUACACCACUUGCUUCUGGUACCUAUACUUUGAAAUUCUACCCUAAGUGGAUAACUGGAUAAGUUAAAGAUUACGGAAUUAUCAUCAAUGCUGCUAAAGAUAUCGUUAUAACAGAUAGUUAAGGUAAGACAAGUAGACUAUCAAAUCAUGAUUUGAGUAGCAAAUAAUUGAAACCUAACGUUAAAUAAGCUCCAAAACCAGCAAAACCUAAGCUUCCUGAUAUCACAUAAACUGGUGCUGCUUAUGAAUUGACUGGAAAUCUUGAUUAAGAUAUAGCCAAAAUCAGAAACUCUAAAUCUUUAAGUAUUUCAAACUAAGAUGAUGGGCUUUAUCUCUCUGGACAAAAAUCAACUCUCAUCGGCGGUAAUAGAUACGGCUUAGCUAUUUUCGUUGGUACUUUAAGCGAUGAAUACACUUACAAAGGUAUAGUUACUGUUGUCACAAAGCCUGGACACACAUUUAAAUUCACUGCAGGUAACGAUAAAUGUACAGUCAAGAAUAAAUCAUCUACUAAGGAAGACACCAUCGAAUGUACCUGCUUGGUUAAGCCAGAUACAUAUCCAAAAGAAUGCUUGCUAGUUCUUCUUACAAAAGUUGGAAGUGGAUAUCAAAAUAGCGCAUCAUACAGUGCAUCAGGUUGA